UUCAGCGCAAGUUCCAAAUCUUUAGCCUCAAAAAGGGAUUUAUUGAAUAAAAGUGUAAGUUCUGGAGAUCUGCCAUUCGCUUCCACUUCACUGCAAACACAAGACUGUGUAAGCGAUCUCUCGAUUAAAAACAAAUCAAACAAACGCUUAUCAGAAGAAGACGUUUCUCCCGGAAAGAGAGCAAAGAAGGAAUCGUCUAUAGAUAAAGAGUUAACUGCAAUCAACUUAAGCGUCGGAAAGGAAAGGUCUGUUCCGUCGUCUUCUGUUGAAAUACCGAAACGCAAAGGAAGGCCACGAAAGAAGUUGUGGACGACUUGCGAUUCGUCACUACUUCAGACAUCUUCUGCACAGACAUCACAAUCGCAUUCAGAGGCCUCACAGCGAAGCGAUUCCAAUCAGGCCUUCGCCGCUAAUAUUGAGGACUCGUUUCGCGGCAAACGUUUUAAAAGUAAUUCUCGUUUAUUGUCGAACACCAGAAUUGGUACGAGUAGUUCACGCGAGCCGUCGGGGGAGCAAACAAUAGGUCUGGAGAGGGCGUCUACAACGGGGUCGUGUGCCAGCAGUUCGCGUCGGCGUUCCUCCCGCCUCAAUACCAAAGCGCCAACCAAUCCGUCAUUGAGUUCAAGUUCUGGUGCCGCCGGAACCUCAUCUUUCGGACCAAAUACUACCUCUAAUUCUGGAGGAGGGAGUAGUGGACGACUCGGUCUACUCAGAAGCAACACAAGGAGUGGUGGUAUGGAUGAAGAUGUUUCCAAUUCAGACACUUCUCGUAUAGAGGGUUCCUCUCUAAACAAUUCAUCCGCGAGUCCGGCGGCCGGAACUCAAUCGACGUCUGUGGCGGCUUCGGUCGCUUCUGUAGCCAAUGUGUUGGUCGGUUCGGCCGACAGUGAAUCCGAUGACAGCGAAAUGGGACGCUUACAGGCUUUACUCGAAGCUAAAGGACUGCCACCCCAUCUGUUCGGUGCAUUGGGACCACGAAUGCAACACCUAUUGAACCGAUCAAUUGGCACGAGUUCUAGCAGUAAAGCCCAUCAACUGCUUCAAGGACUGCAGGCCAGUGGAGACGAAGGACAACAGUUACAGGCAGUGAUGGAAAUGUGCCAACUCUUGGUUAUGGGCAAUGAGGACACAUUAGGAGGUUUUCCGGUCAAACAAGUGGUGCCGGCGCUCAUCACACUCUUGUCAAUGGAGCAUAAUUUCGAUAUUAUGAACCACGCGUGUCGUGCCCUCACAUAUAUGAUGGAAUCGUUGCCCCGCUCUUCGGCAGUAGUUGUGGACGCGGUUCCUGUUUUUCUAGAGAAACUGCAAGUGAUUCAGUGUAUGGAUGUCGCCGAACAGUCGUUGACUGCUUUGGAAAUGCUGUCCCGCCGUCACAGCAAAGCCAUACUUCACGCCCGAGGGGUGUCGGCGUGUCUCACGUAUUUGGACUUCUUCUCGAUCAACGCCCAGCGCUCUGCCCUUUCGAUUACAGCCAAUUGCUGUCAAAAUUUAACUGUCGAUGAGUUCUCCUUAGUUCAGGAAUCACUCACAACAUUGAGCUCUCAUUUGACACAUCCGGACAAGAAGUCCGUAGAAAGUAUUUGUUUAGCGUUUUCACGAUUAGUUGACUGCUUUCAACUCGAGUUCGCCAUUAUUAGUGAAAUUGCUUCCAACAGUUUAUUAACUAAUUUACAACAACUAUUAGUAGUUAUACCACCGAUUAUAAGCACCGGUACUUUCGUUAGUGUCAUUCGCAUGCUUUCCGUAAUGUGUUCCUCAUGUCCUGAAAUAGCGGUUCAACUCUUAAAACUAAAUAUUUGCGAAACCCUUCGCUACCUAUUGCUCGGCUCGAGCUCUACUAAAGACGACAUCGAAUUAGUGAAUCGCAGUCCACAAGAACUCUUUGAGAUAACGUCUCUAAUCGGAGAACUAAUGCCACGAUUGCCUACCGAUGGUAUCUUUUCUGUGGACAGUCUUCUCUGCAAACAAACGGGCGUACAAUUGGAUGCAAUACUCUGGCAAUGGAAAGAUGACAGGGGUUUAUGGCAUCCCUACAGCAAUAUCGACAGUCGCAUCAUUGAAGCGGCCCAUCAGUCUGGCGAAGACGAGAUCAGUUUGUCAGCGAUGGGCAGAACGUAUGUCAUUGACUUCAAUUCAAUGCAACAGAUCAACGAAGAAACGGGAACUUCGCGUGCAGUUCAACGCCGAGUCAACUGCGCCUCCGAUAUCGUGAGUUUGUCGCAUACGAGUGGCCGUAAUGUGGAUCCGCGCGCCGACAGUCUCGAGAAGGAGCCAGAGAUGGCGAGUGCUUUUGUAAAAUCACUUUUCAAUGUAUUAUACGAAGUGUACAGCAGUUCCGCGGGACCGGCGGUUCGCCAUAAGUGCCUCAAAGCAUUGUUGCGUAUUAUAUACUAUGCAUCAAAUGAUUUAUUAAAGUCAGUGCUCAAGAAUCAGGACGUGUCGAGUCAUAUCGCGACGAUGUUGGCCUCACCCGACCUCAGGAUCGUUGUCGGCGCCACUCAAAUGGCUAACAUUCUUAUGGAGAAACUUCCGGACGUUUUUGCCAUAUAUUUCCGACGAGAAGGCGUUAUCCAUCAAAUCCAGAAACUUUCCAAAGGCGAGGACAACGCCGAGUCGGCGUCCACUGCGAUAUCUCCGUCAACCAUAACCUCACUUCCCGUCUGCAAAAUGGAACCGAUCGCUGGUUCCAGUUCUGCGCCCAUAUAUCCAUCACAAUCUCAUUCUGCUUUCUUCGAGACCACAAUGAAUAUAAGCCCUCCGAACAACUCAUCGCCACUGGAGGCGACGCCUCCCUGUGAUGUGUCGACCGACUUGUUUGCAAAUACAGUCCAAAAUGCAUUGCAAAAUGGAUUUAAUAAUAAUGUCUCGAACUGUGCGUCCGCUCAAUCGCUCUCCUCUCUCAGCACUUCAGUUCCCGUCACUCCAACCGCUCCCUCGCCGGACAUAAUGUCCGCCCGAAGUGCUGAGGACUCGGUCGCUGUGUCCGACCAUUUAGUCAACACCGGUCCUCCUAUCAGUAGAGCCGAUGAGACCCUAAAGCGAAAGCGGACUCGAAAGACAGUGAGCUCUAGCAGUUCGGGUGCGACCCGAAAGACUAGAAGUGAAUGCGAUAACAACUCAUCACUCAAUCUGCGCUCUUAUAGCACUCAUAGCUCGGCCUCUAAUCUGAACCGAAACUAUUCUACUGAAUCUGAAAUGUCGACAACACUCACCACUCCUUAUAUAUCUCUCCCGAUAUUUAUUGGCGAAAACACGUCCGCCAAUAAUAAUGUAACCAAUUUGUUGAGUGCAAACACAUCAGUGCCAACACAUACCGCAUCCCAUAGUAGUCGCGGCCGUCCGGCCUUCAGAUUCAGUUCGGCUGCCGCUAAGACAAGUGCUUUCUUUCAAAGCCUACAUCCGGCGCGUUGGGGCCGUUGGAACAACAGCUCACCCGCUCUCGUCUCUUCCAAUAGUGGCCUCUCUUCGGGUCGCUCUCAGUUGGUCUCCCAUUCGUCAGAUCACACCUCCAUCUCCCGGACCUCUUCUCCGCGUUCGCCGAAUAACAGCGGAAACCGAGAAAAGAUUCGGCUUUGGAUUAAAGAACAGGCGAAGGCUUUUGAGGACAAGUACUUCAAAGAUGAAGAGACUGCCGAAGUCGGCGACACUUACACUAAAUCUCAUCCGUCUCUUAAUAUUCUGAAUCGUUUGACGAAAGCCAUCGAUAUGUUGAACGAUAAUCAUAUCAAAGCACUCGAAGACAUUCGUUCGGUUGUGAUGGAGGGCGACAUCUCUUCAUUUGAGUUGAACCACUCCGGACUCGUCACACGUUUUCUUAAUUUCCUCGUCUCUAACACCGAUUUCAACGAAUGUCGUGACCAAAGACUCCGUAGUUUUCUUCACGUCUUCUUCGGCACUCCACUCGAAGACACGUUUCAAAUGGAUUCCAUAGCGACAGCACAUAUCGAUUUCACACCACUCGCGGCUUUAGUCAAUAAGUUGAACGCUUGUGUCUCCCAAUUGGAACAGUUUCCGGUCAGAGUCCACGACUUGGUCGGCUCCGGAACCGGCAGUAUUCGUGGCGCGAGUGCUCUUAAGUUCUUCAAUACUCACCAAUUGAAGUGCAAUUUACAACGACAUCCCGACUGUGCGAAUCUGCGCCAAUGGAGAGGAGGACCCGUCAAAAUAGAUCCGUUGGCUUUGGUUCAGGCGAUUGAACGCUAUUUAGUGAUCAGAGGUUACGGAAAGAUCAGGGAUGAGGACGAAGACGCCAGCGAUGAUGACAUUUCCGACGAAGAGUUCGACGACAAUAUGGCGGCGAUGAUGAUCAGCCAAAACCAGGGCAGACAUCGACUUCAGUUCUAUAUCGGCGAACAGCCCCUGCCUUACAAUAUGACUGUCUAUCAGGCGAUCAAACAAUACGCUUACGGACACAACACUCACGGAUCUGAUGGACACGAGACGGACAAUGAGUCGGAAGCGCCUAUGGGUCACGCGAACAUAUGGGUCGCCACUCACACUAUUCACUACAAAGCCUAUGUGGAGGGCGUCUGCAGUCCAUCGUCUUCAUCCAAUCCCAUCUCUAACUUAACGUCGAGUCAAUGCCUAACGAGUAGGAACUCAAAUAAUGGUAACCAAAACUCUAAUCAAAGCGGAAGGAAAGGUAAUAAAGGAAGUUCUGGUGGAAAGGGAGCCAACAAAAAGAAAGAUGAGCUCUGGGUUGAAGGCAAAGCGCCAAACGUUUCGUCGCCUUUAGACCCCUAUCUUAAGCCUCAAUUGCCAUCAAAUAUCACAGUUCAGGAUCUGUCGUUAGAAGUGCUCACACUAUUGAGAGUUAUAUACGGUUUGAGCCGUCAUUGGGGUUGGCUCUACAAACUGCCCGACCCUUACAACAGUGCUCUACCUCUUCAAGACUUUAUUAAUGUUAAAUUGACCGCAAAAGCCAAUCGUCAACUACAGGACCCGUUAGUGAUAAUGACGGGCAAUAUCCCGAACUGGUUGUCCCAAAUCGCGUAUUCGUGUCCCUUUCUCUUCCCAUUCGAGACGCGAUACCUAUUGUUUUACGUGACGUGUUUUGAUAGAGACCGAGCCCUUCAACGACUGUUAGACAGUGCGCCCGAACUGACGGGCAAUGAUUCGAGCGAAAGAGUGACUCCACGGCUGGACAGACGGAAGCGAACCGUCUCUCGCGAUGACAUCUUAAAACAGGCGGAAACUGUUUUACACGAUUUGGGAAACUCUAAAGCUUUGCUUGAAAUACAAUACGAGAACGAAGUGGGAACUGGUUUGGGGCCAACUCUCGAGUUCUAUGCCCUCGUCUCUAAAGAGCUGCAGCGCUCAGACCUCGAGAUGUGGAGAGGAGAGGCUGUGUCCGCACCCAAAGUAGUCAUUCCUCAACCCAACCACAAGAUUACAGCCACUUCUUCUACUAAUGCUAAUGAAAACCAAUUGAAUAAUCAAAUUCAAACUAAUCAGCCAUCAGUUCAAUACAUGCACUCACCCUCUGGUCUGUUUCCCGCACCCAUCGGUCGAACCACAAAAGCGGGACAACUCUCGAAAUCUCGCCAAAGAUUCAAACUGUUAGGAAAAUUUGUAGCCAAAGCACUGAUGGACUCACGAAUGAUUGACAUACCAUUGAGUCCUAUAUUCUACAAAUGGCUUCUGAGUCAGGAGUUAUCGUUGAGUAUCGCAGAUAUGCAACAAAUCGAUUCUACAUUUUCCCGGUCUGUCGUCGAAAUGGAGAAAAUAGCGCAACAAAAACUCAAAAUUCAAAACGAUGGCAAUAAAGAGAAACUCGAAACAUUGAAACUCCACGGCUGUAGUAUUGAAGACCUGAACCUCGACUAUACAUUACCCGGUUAUCCAAAUAUUGAACUUAGAAAAGGCGGUCGAGAUAUCGGUGUUUCCAUUGAUAACAUCGAGCAAUACGUGCGUCUGUUAUGUCACUGGACUCUUGUCGAGGGAGUGAACCGACAAAUGGAGGCCUUCCGGGAAGGCUUUGAUUCAGUAUUCCCGUCGACACACCUUCAGGUCUUCUUUCCCGAAGAAAUGGAACAAUUGUUUUGCGGAAGUAAUCAAAAGCAAUGGGACGUAAAGAUGCUGAUGGAGUGCUGCAAAACAGAUCACGGAUACACUCACGACAGCCGUGCCAUACGAUUCCUCUUUGAAAUCCUGAACUCCUAUACGGUUGAAGAUCAGCGAAAGUUCUUACAGUUUGUCAGCGGUUCUCCGCGUCUUCCGGUCGGAGGGUUCCGAAGUUUGACGCCUCCGCUCACUAUUGUUCGCAAAACCAUUGAAGGCGUGGAGAGUCCCGACUGUUUGCCGAGUGUCAUGACUUGUGUUAAUUAUCUCAAACUUCCCGAUUAUAUCACUAUCGAUAUAAUGAGGGAAAAACUGCGAAUCGCCAUCAAUGAGGGACAGCUCUCUUUCCAUCUAUCGUAGGACUGAGCGCUCGACCCGUCGACGACUCACCCAUUCAUUGAUCAAACAAAUGGACGAUUGCUUUCAAAAUGCUAUUAUUAAGUCAAUUACACUUUAAAUGAUCUCCGAUUGAGUUCUCAAUCAUCAAAAGCGUUGUCUAUUAUUAAUAACCAAUGAUUGCAAUAAUCGAAAGAAGAAAAUGCUUUCUUAUACUGUAUAAGAAAUCUGCAAAAAUAUGGACUAAAUCUGUGAUCAGUUCUCAAUUUGAUUUGUUUUUAUUUAAUUUUCAUUUAUUCUAAUGUCUGAUAAAAAAUAUGCUUAAAAUAGUUUGUAUCCAAUAUUCGGCACAAAAACAAUUAAAAACCAUUAAAAGUGAAUUAUAUCUUCAAUUCAGUUAAUGAAUAUUUGG